AUGCUUGACUGCAAGCCUAUCUCAACUCCAAUGGAGGUUAAUGCACAACUAUGUACGGCAAUAGGCAAAGAGUUAGAAGACGUGACAAUGUAUAGACAAUUGAAACCGAAGAAACCUCACCUGGAAGCUAUAAAGCGAAUAUCGAGAAAAUUUGAAGUUGCUGGAUAUUGUGAUGCUGAUUAUGCUGGAGAUCUUGAUACACGUCGAUCAACUACUAGUUAUGUGUUCAACCUGGAUUCUGAAGCAGUUUCAUGGUGUAGUAAGAGACAACCAAUAGUGAAAUUGUCAAGUACGGAAGCAGAGUACCGAGUAUCAGCGAUGGCAACACAAGAAUGUAUAGUUUUGUCCCGAAACUAG